ACUGUACCAGACUACAAAAUCGACCAAGGGUUCGAGUACAUACCGGUAUAUGUGCAGGCCAACGGGAUGCAACCGAUCCUUAGCCAGUACAUGAAGUAUGUGCAUCGUACGAGGAUUAAAGGUAUUUCCCAUUGUUUACUUCAUGAUGGUAUCCCAGACUGAAGAUGUAUAUAUGAGAGUGCUUCAGUACGUCCGACAGAAUUUGAUUACAUGGCACAUUAACUCCAUUUAUGACAGAUUUCGAGCAAGGCUUGAUAAACGCUGCCAGAAAUACAUUUAUUGGAGCCACUCUUCAUGGUGUUGGUUCCAUUUUUGCCAAGUGACAAGACAGAUCCAAGUGCCCACACAUACCAAGAUCUGGGACUGCAAGUGGAAUACUUAUAAAAAAUUAUAUUAUAUCGAUGCUGCUCGACCAGUCAGAAUGGCCUUGUUAUAG